AGAUCGGUCAGGCAGGAAGUAGUGAGUGUGGUUAGCUGAGCGGAACAAUAGAGGGGAAGCUGUUUUGCCUUUUUUUAUGCUGUAUUCGUUCUGCGUAGUCCGUCAGACUGAACUGGAACCGGCUACUGACGGACCAAACCGAGAGUUAAGGAAAUCAGCAGGGCUUGUAGGCAGGAAUUAAGGUAAAGCUGGAAAGAAAACACUGAUGCCAGGACAUUCACCAAUCCUAGCCCGAGUCUUGUCAAAAGAGAGGUCGUGUAGUUCAGACAUGAGACCCGUCAUGCUGCUAGUGUGAGACUGUAUGGGACCCGUGAUGGCAGUUUUAGCAGGUGUGGAGCCUGGGACUGGACAAAAGGCAGGUGAAGGGAGGCUGUCCUGGCCAGUUUUCCUGCUGACACUUGCUGCGGUCACCUCUUCCUCUCUUUCAGCUCUGUCUUUGUACCAACUGGUGGCUCUCAGAGCUGAGGUAGAGGGACUCAAAUCAGAGGUUUGUCGCAGGAGAGAAGAGGGACAAGAGGCCAAGCACGGAAGCCAGACUGAGAAUAUCAGUAGCAGGAGAAGCGGCCAGGAGCCACUGCACCAGCCAGGCUCUCAACAGCCUUUCACCCUGACAAGGAGGAAGAGAAUUGUCUCUGCAACAGAGACAUUAGUUUCUCAGCCUUGCCUGCAAUUGUUGGCAAACAGUAGCAGGAAAACCUUCAAGAAAGGUUUUGGUUCAGUAUUCGAUCAGGAGAUGCACACAGGUAUCCCCUGGCAGACUGGGCUGAAGAGAGGCUCUGCUUUGGAGGCAGACGGAGACAGCAUCUUAGUCAGAGAGGAGGGCUUCUACUUUGUGUACAGUCAGGUCUACUACAUGGACAGCACCUUUGCAAUGGGCCAUGUGUUGAUCCGGAGAAAGAGGAAUGUGGUGGGAGACGAGCCUCAGUAUGUGAUCCUGUCCCGCUGCAUCCAGAACAUGAACCCCAUCUACCCUUACAACACCUGCUACACAGGAGGUAUUGCGAAGCUGGAGGUCGGGGACCACUUGGAGCUGCUGAUCCCCCGGUCCACAGCCAAUGUGUCCCUGGAUGGAGAUGCCACCUUUGUGGGUGCUGUCAAACUGGCUUAAAGUGCGUCACCUCACUUUGGACCCGAGGGACUAUGUUGUGGUUGGAAAGAGCCGCCGUAGUGGGAGGAAACAGAGCAAGAAGGCACAGUUCUGGUGACCUCGCCUGACUGGUUGCUGUGAGAAGAAUACAGGAAACAGCCGUUUCUGCACUGGCUGAAUGAGAGACUGUGAGACUCUUAGCUUGUUCAGCCUGAGGGGACAUGAAGGGGACUAUGAGUUGAUGGCAUAGCCUUUACUCUUAAACAUACAGUGUAGAUGCACCUUCUGGUUACAACUGUAUUAUGUUCAUUUCUACCACACAUGAAGAGAAAAUAUUGUAAAAAUGGUCCAAAUCAAGUACUUUUUCUUUACAUAAUCACAAACACAUGGCGACGUCAGUCUUAUACUCUUUAAUGUAUCAAUAAUCUUUCCUCCUGUAGCAGCAGCAUUACUCUACCAUAGUUCUUCUCAUGCUUUCUUUUUUAGAUACUUAAACAUACCCAAGAUUGGUCUGAUUUAUCAUCUGAAUGCCAUAGUUUGAUUUAAGUUUAUCUGUAUAUGGCUAAUUGAUAUGAAAAUCCAGAUGCAAUAAAGUGACAAUUCUUGCACAA